GAAAGAAAGAAAGCAAAAGGAAUAAAAGAGGACAUUGCAAAUUACAAAAAAAAGAGUACUUAUUUCAUUCGUCAACCAUCCACAUCAAGUAAACAUCCUCUCUCCAAUACAGCUUGCACACAAUAACAACAAUUAGUUAACAUGACUGCCACCAUGAAGAUUGAACUCGAGGGCAACUAUAUUACCCUCCCUUACACUUCAGCUGCUCAGGUGGCUCGCUCAACUUUGCCUUUGGGAGCCGAUAGCACCAUUAUCAACUCGCUUGAUUCAUCUUCCAUGGUCAUGACUUCGCCUGAACGCACUCUCUCCUUUGCUGAAUCCAUCGCGUCGACUCUACCCUCCUCAGCAACUUCUGUUCGCUCUUCACUAGAAGUGGAGCAGCAGCAGACCCCUACGAAUGCUACUGUUGUUGUCCCACCUGGAACCACACAACUUCAAGGCAAGCUCAUCCUGACGCUCUCUAAACCUACCAAAGUUAGCUCCCUCGCCAUUUGCUUGAAUGGUUCCACCCACAUUGCGUUCUUGGGUUCUGGCAAACGUUCCCAUUACUCGCGUCACCACAUUCGCUCCCAACAAUUUCUGAUCGAGCCCCGGCCCAACUCGGAUCAGUUCACGCUUCUCAAUAAGGACACUAUCAUUUUCCCGUUCUCGAUCAACAUCCCCAAUCAUUUGCCUUCUUCUGUCACUACUCCUCAGGGCGGCACUAUUUACCGUUUAACCGCCGUGCUCACCUUGGCGAAGAGCGCUGGAAUCAUGUCGUUCCUGUCCUCGGGUUCAACUCUGACAACGUCAACCGUAGUCCAAGUCUAUCGCGAAUCUCGGUCGCGAUGCCUAUUAAUGGAGGCUGGAACCUCUGGAAUUGCUGCUGAGAGUGGAGACGACGUUGAUAAUGAUAUUGAUGAGGACGAAACUGAUGAAGUGCAGCCUAUUCGUGAGCACGGUGAAACUCAGCUCCAGCAGCGUGAUCCUGUUGACGAAAACGACAUUUUGCCUGCAACCGUCAAUCAUAUUUGGCCAGGUCAACUUGAAACCACCGUCACUAUCCCUUUCACUCAGUUACCCUCCAAGUCCAAACCGGACUUACGUCUGCGCGUUCGAGUCUUACGUGAGAAUUUAGCCAUCAAAUCUUUCCAGGCGGCGCUCUAUGAGCGAGCUAUCUUCCGAGUCCAGAAGGCGGGCGCGCCAGCGAAGAGCAAGGAGUAUAUUAUUGGGGUUCGAGAACGCGUUGUGAGUGCUCAGCGUUGUGAUGCCGGAUGGGUAAACGAUGUCAUCACGGGUCAAGUUCCUCACACGUUCGAGAAGGUGGUUCUAUUCUCUAUACCAAAUGCCGUUCGCUCCCAUAACGAAUUAUAUUCGUCCCGAGCUUGCAAUGCCUCUACAUAUACGAGCGUUUCGAGGCUCAGGAGGCAGCGUCGAUUAAAGGAGGAACACGGCAUCAAAGACUCUGAGUUUGGAGAGGUUCGCAUCGAGAUCCAGCAUUUUAUCCGAUACUCGGUUUUUGUGACAGGAUCGAUUGAUGCCAAAGGCAAGACUGUGACAACACCGGUGGAGCGCACAGUUGGGGACGUCCCUGUUAUUAUCCAUGGAUUGCCAGCAGGCCCAGAAUGUGACAGAACGGGCUUGCCCACGUACUUGCACUCGUUUUCAACCUCAAGAGUCUCGUAUGAGGAGGCUCAGGACUAUGAGCUUGAGGCUACAGGCCUAUCCCCGGCAUUAGGCAUAUAUCACGAGUUUGAUGGCAGUGAUCCAGCUCCUUUUGAUGGAACAGGAGCGUCUGGCCCCAUUUAUGGUGACUAUGAAAACGAUGACGCAUUCAUGGCGAUUAUGGGCUAUCGUGGGAGCCGCACCCCUCCAAGCUACGAGGAAAGCAUUGGGCGACCAUCCUUGGAUGCCUCAAUCUCAGACUUGCAGAGUAUUCGGAUCUCCGGUCUUGGAAUCAACAGGAGCAACAACAACUCGAGCAGUGCCAUUGGCCUGACUCGAUAAAUCCAAAUGUUCUUUUUAUUUUUUUAUUUUCGAACUUCUGGAUUGACGGGGUUCACUCGAAAACGAGAUCGAGAUCGAGAUCGAGAUUAAUUGGCAGAUUUAUUUUUCAAAGAUACAAAUCGAUGUUUCAUAUCUUUUGAAAUUACAUUCUGUUUUAAUUCAUCAUUCCUCUCUCGUUCUUUCUAUACCUCAUCUACCGCAGCUUUAUUCUCCUUUUUUUUCUAUUUUUCAUUUUCUAUCCCAU